CUUCAGCAGCAACCUACCUGAGCGUGGCAAGACUGCAACCAUGAAUUUUAGAACCUUUUUUUUUUUUUUUUUUUUAACAAAAUAUUCCGCUACAGAUUGACAACGACACCAGCUGUGAUGAAACGGGGGAUGGUUCAGAUCCCUCCCAUCACCACCAGGGGCUGCGUAUAUCGCGCGGUGCCAAAGAGCGGCUCGCCUCGUCCUGCGCCAGACGCGUGGCGUGGACGCAAGACAAGCGAGGGGGGUGGUGUGGGUGGGCAGGUUGGCUUGCACACACCGGCGAAGCUCCAUUUCCACCACCACGGGAUUUCAUACACACGUCGCAGCCUUGCAGAGACGCGCUCCUGUUGAGUCCUGCCGCCGUGGACGUGGACAGCAAAAGAAAGCGAAAGGGGGCGGAGGAGCGAGGAGUCGUCUUUGGAGUACACGGCGCUGAGGUCAUCGGGCUGAGCCUUGGUGGUCCAGGGAAUAAACUACUUCCAUCUGGCCUGACAACCGCAGACCCAGUCCAGGAUCUCCACAUCCAGCGUCUUCACCUCCAUGAUGGUCUGAGAAUUUCUUCAUAAACUGCCAGAAACUAUCUCAGGUUUGUCCUUUUUUGGAAGAUCGACGACUGACUUUUUGGACAAUUUGCCAUGAAAGCGCCAUCAUUUCACCAUUAAACAUGGCCGCCGGACGAGGCUGGAUGAGCCGGCUGUGAAAAAGGAGGAAGCGAAUCCUAAAGUCAAAGUCGUUUGGAACAUCUUGUUGUAAAGUCGCCGUUAUGUGAUGAAUAUCUGGAUAAAAAGUGGGUCAGCGAUGGAACCCAACAGGUCUAAGAAGAAGCCUGUGACUCUCCACCCAGCCCAUAAUUGAACAUCUUUGAUCCUGUGGAUUAAUAUUCUCCUCAAACCUGAAGAUUUAUCUUGCUUUUUUUCCCUCUCCAAAAUUCCAUGUAAAUUGGACUAUCAACCUAUCAUCCAACAUGGCUUCAGUUUGGACAUUUUGGACCCUGUUGGCAGCUUGGGGUCUUCUUGGAUGCUGGUGCCAGGCCUCAAGGACUAGUGGUCCAAGCAAAGGGGAGCAGGGGGCUUCUUCUGUAGAACGAGUCAAGAGGGGAUGGGUGUGGAACCAGUUUUUUGUGGUGGAGGAGUACACGGGCACGGAGCCGCUCUACGUCGGGAAGAUCCACACAGACUCAGACGAAGGCGAGGGAAACAUCAAGUACACCAUCUCAGGAGAAGGGGCCGGAACCAUCUUCAUCAUCGACGAGCUGACGGGAGAUAUCCACGCCACCGAGAGGCUGGACCGCGAGGAGAAGGCCUUUUACACCCUGCGGGCGCAGGCCCGGAACCGCCUCAGCAACGACCCCCUGGAGCCCGAGUCGGAGUUUGUCAUCAAGGUCCAGGACAUCAACGACAGCGAGCCCAAGUUCCUGGAGGGUCCGUACAUUGGCAGCGUGGCUGAACUGUCCCCCAUAGGAACGUCCGUUCUGAAGAUUACUGCGUCAGACGCUGACGACCCGUCUUACGGCAGCAGUGCCAGAGUGGUCUACAGCGUCCCGGAAGAAGAGAAGUUCUUCACUGUGGGCAGACACACUGGCAUCAUAAUGACAGCCGUGGCAGAUCUGGACCGCGAGACGCAGGAUCGCUAUGAGUUGGUCGUCAAGGCAACAGACAUGGCUGGACAAAUGGGCGGUCUCUCCGGCUCCACCACGGUGACCAUAGUGAUCACGGACGUCAAUGACAACCCACCACGCUUCCCGCAGAAGAUGUACCAGUUCAUGGUAUCAGAAGGGGCGGCUGUGGGGACGCCGGUAGGACGGGUGAUUGCCACUGACGCCGACAUGGGAGACAACACGGACAUGAGCUACCUGAUCCAAGAAGGGGGCGAGCUCUUCAAAGUCACGACCGACGCAAUAACACAGGAAGCCGUGGUGUCCAUCAAGAAGCCGCUGGACUUCGAGAGCAAGCGCACCCACAAUGUCGUCGUGGAGGCGGUCAAUAAACACGUGGACCCCCGCUUCGUGGACCUGGGCACAUUCCGAGACCAGACCAUUGUGCGGGUUAGCGUGUCGGACGUGGACGAGCCGCCGCUCUUUCAGCCGGCGGAAGGCACAGUCAUGGAGGUGCAGGAGGACGCCAGAGUUGGAGCGCUGGUUGGCGUCGUCACGGCGAAAGAUCCGGAUGUAAAGAAUAAACCUGUCAGUUUCUCCAUCGACCGGAGCACGGACCAGGAGAUGAUCUUCCAUAUUGACCAAGAUUCCGGUGCCAUCACACUGGGCAGGAUUUUGGACCGCGAGACAGCUGGCUGGCACAAUAUCACGGUGACGGCCGUGGAAGCAGAUAACCACACCAUGGCGUCACAUUCAGCAGUGAGUAUUCGUAUACUGGAUGUUAACGACAAUCCCCCAGAAUUGGCUACGCCCUAUGAAGCCUCCAUAUGUGAAGAUGCCAAGCCAGGCCAGAUAAUUCACACCGUCAGCGUGGUGGACAAAGACGAACCGCAGUCUGGACAUCAGUUCUACUUCACACUGGCCCCUGAAGCCUCCGGCAAUCAACACUUCACCCUGUGGGAUGUCAAAGACACCACUGCUGGCAUCCGGACGCAGCGCUCAGGCUUCAACCGCCACGAGCAGAACGUCUACUUCCUGCCCAUACUGGUGGUGGACAGCGGCCCCCCCUCCCUCAGCUCCACGGGCACCCUGACCAUUCACAUCUGUGGCUGUGACACAGAGGGAGCCAUCCAGUCCUGCAAUGCCACUGCCUAUGUAAUGAGUGCAGCUCUGAGCCCGGGGGCACUUAUAGCUCUGCUGGUGUGCAUGCUCAUCCUUAUAGUCCUGGUCUUACUCAUCCUGACGCUCAAACGCCACAGGAAAGGCCAGCGGAUGGCGGAGGACGAGGAGGACAUGCGGGACAACGUCAUCAAGUACAACGACGAGGGCGGCGGCGAGCAGGACACUCAGGCGUACGACAUGAGCGCCCUCAGGAACCUCUACGACUUCCCCGAGGCCAAGAGCGCCGACUUGGGCCAGGAUAUCCGCUCGCUGCCGCAGUGGAUGCAGGCCAACCGGCUGGCGGGCGGGGCGCGGGCGGAGCUGGCGGCGGCCGACUUCUCCCUUUUCAAAGGCUACAUCCGGAAGAAGGUGGAGCAGGCCGACGCCGACCUGUCGGUGCCGCCGUAUGACUCCUUCCAGACGUACGCCUUCGAGGGCAGCAGCUCGCCCGCCCUCUCACUCAGCUCCAUCCACACACUGUCCACCACCUCCGAACAGGAUUUCUCAUACCUCAGUGACUGGGGGCCACGCUUCCGGCAGCUGGCGGGCUACUACGCCCCGGGGAAACCGGACGAGGACGUGUCCUAGCACAGCGUCCAUUCCGCACAGACUUCCGACCCUCCUCUUCUUCUUCUUCGUCCUCUUUUUCCACGGUCUCGGCAAAACUGUCUGGGAAAGAACACUUCCUGACGUUCCCCCCCGCCCCCGCCGGGUUGAGCUUCUGCGGGACGCUAAGCUGAGGAUGAGAUGUCAGUUCCCCAACUAUUACCAUUUUGUUUCAGAUGGCUGGUGACCAGACGCUAACGACGUGGACAAAAAGUAUUGGGACACACCGGAAUCGAUUCGUAAAGAGUUCAAACCCUUGCCGAGUCAUACCAAAGACUAUAAAAAUGGGACCCGUUACCUCCCUGCUUGGCACGCAGCAUCAAGGGUUGGAAUUGGGGGUUGAAUCAGCAAAAUGAUUCCCGAGCGUGGGCAGCGCUGCUGCUCACUGCUCCCCUCCCCUCCCAGGGGGUGGAACAAGGGGAUGGGUCAAAUGCAGAGGGUCAUUUCACCACACCUAGUGUGUGUGUGACUGUCAGUGGUACUUUAACGUUAACCAAUCGGGUUGGACAAGACUCCUUUGGGAAGGUCCUUCUCCGGUCUUCGACACCCAUAAGGCAUGCGUGGAUGAGCCUGGUGUGGAAGAAGACCUUUGACAUGAACUAGGCCUUUUCUCAGGUCCAACACAGGUGACCUCUGACCUACGUUGUGUAUUCCAAUACAAAAACCAUUACAUAGCAAAACAAUACUUCAUUGUUCGUCAUUGAUAUUCCCAUUUUAAUUUAUAACAUCAGGCCCUUUCAAAGUAAAACCGUCGGGGCCUCCCUUACACCCUAAAAUACCUUUUUUUUUUAAAUUGUUAUUCUGUUCACUCGCUGUAGAAACUACAAAUAUUGUAAUCUUUUCUUUGUUUUUCUCAAGCUGCUGCAUACAGUACAUCCUCACGCUGCACACGAGUACCUCAACUUACGAGCUCAAUUGGUUCUACGACUGAGCUCAUAACUACAAAAACUGACUUCAACGUCGCCCGUCGAAAUAAAAUUAAUCCACGGUCCGUGAAAAAAACUGCACAAAUUUUCAAUAAAAAUUGUGCACAAAAGGUUAGAUAAAAAAAAAACGUAUUGUAUGAAAAGCAAUACAAUAACAUGUAAUACAAACAACUUUCUUAGUUUUAUGAAGUAUGGUAAUGAUAGUGUUCAGUAUUGACUAGGGGUGUAAAAAAAAAAAAUUCGAAUAAAUCGCGAUUCGUAUGUGUAACGAUUCUUAACCGAUUAAAAAAUAUC